AGUCAGCUCGGAUAGGUGGAAAAGAAAGGGCGGGACUUGGGUGCAGCCAAUCACCUGUAGAGAACAGAAAAGGCGGAUAAAGGGGACCCAAAAGGAGGCUAGAGCAAUUGAGGCCUAGGGUGGGCUUGAAGCACACAGACAGCGGUGCCCAGAAAGCAGCACCUAACACCCCUGCCCCUACCUUCCAGGACACCCAAAGAAAAGUAGCCACCAUGCAUCUUCCUGAAAGCCUGCAGGACCUGGCGGACAGUGAAACUGUACGCUUUCUGAAGAGACCAAAGAGCAUCUCGAGGGUCUGCGGAGGGGUCUUUUCCCUGGUCAUCUUUUCCUCUCUACUAAUUGAUGGUUACCAGAACAGGGCAGAAUCUUCUGAGCUCCACUGUGUCUUCAACCGCAAUUACGUGGCCUGCGCCUUCGCAGUAAGAGCUGGCUUCCUGUCCUUCCUCAGCAGCUUGGUCUUCCUUGCCCUAGACUCCCAUGAGAACCGCAUCAUAGAAAGCGGCUCUAAGACAGCCUUCCGGCUCUUAGACUUCAUCCUGGCUGUCAUCUGGGCAGGUGUCUGGUUUGGGGCCUUCUGCUUCCUAGCCAACCAGUGGCAGCAUUCGAAUUCCAAGCAUUUCCUCACGGGGAACAGCAGCCCCAAGGCAGCCAUUGCCUUUGCUUUCUUCUCCGUCCCUGUCUGGAUAUUCCAGGCGUACCUGGCCUUCCAGGACCUCCGAAAUGAGGCUCCAUUCCCCUACAAGCGCUCCCAGGAUGAGGGUGCUGUGGUGCUGAACACCCUUUCUCCGUCAUCCACCAGUAGUCCUGCCAACCCUCCCACCACAGGCCCCAACAGUGUGAGUUACAGCAGCUCAGCCCUGUCUUCCUACCUGACUACUCCAAAGGCCCCCCGCCUGGCUAUGAUGCCAGACAGCUGAACAGCCUUACCUACAUCAGUAAAGAGCUCCUUCUCCUGAGGGGCUUCUGAAUAAUCCCGUCCUCUGUCUGUUCCUCUCAUCCCUUGAGUUGCAGGGGGAGAAGGGGGACCCCCUGAUAAAGGUUACAUUUCUGUACCAAUCACGCUGCUGACCACAGGUCGGAAGUGUUGACAGGCGGGAAGCCCUGCCAUGUCACCUGUACCCUGAGCCCACACUGGCCUUGAAGAGGAGGCACAAGGUGGCCUGCAGCUAAGGUUGAGGCUGAGAGAGAAAAAGACCUUCUUCCCCUCAGAGCA